AUGGCCUCCCUGCGGCGCGCCCCCGCGAGGUUCAUGUCCGCCGCGGCGGAGCCACCCGCGGAGCCGCCCGCGCCGGGCGGCCUCCUCGACGCGGUCGCCGGCGCCGUGGAGGCGCAGGCCGAAGAGGCCGUCGAGGAGAGGUGGCCGUCGGAGUGGGAGGUGAUCUAUGCCGGAGGGCUGGUCAACAUCAGGAGGCGCAACAACACCGGCUCAGAGGUCGUCAGGGCCGUCCCGGCCGGAACCGUCGUCCUCGGCUUCGAGAGGGGGCACUGGCUCAAGCUGUUUGGCAUGGACGGCUACAUGGAGAUCCGCCUCGACUCGAGCGGGUACUUGGACGGAGAGGUCACAGAAUUGAUGAGAAGGCGCGAGGUCGCCUACUUGUUGGCGGACGGCGACUGCGAUGAGGAGAAUGCGUACGACAUCCCAGACCAGGCCAUCUGCAGGUACGCCGCAAGCCGGCUGGAACAGGCGGAGGACGCGCUUUGGUUCAACGACGGGUGCCAGCUGGAUCCGACCAAGCACGCGGGGGCGUCAGCCACCAAGGAGCAUGGCGGAGACGACGAGGACGCCGACGACGGCGAGGACGAACGGCACGAAGGAGCGGACGACGAGGCCAGGUCUGCUAACGUUGCUGGUGAGGACAAGAAGGGGCAAGCGGGCAGGAGGCUGCAGAGUGGCGACGCUCCCCGUGGAGGACACCGCGAGGCCACCGCGGAGGCCCUUGACCCCGCCGAGCAGGCCAGGCGGCUGACGGAGAGCGAAUCCCCGCGAGCCAGCGAGAGUGGUGGCGAGAGUUGGGCGCGGUACGCCAAGGAAAAGAAGUUGGUCAGGAUAUGCUCCACGGCGCCGUACGACGCCCUCCUGCCCUUUCCAGUGCAGACGCAUACCUCUGUCACGUCGGUGACGGGCACGACGACACAGUCGGCCACGACAACCGUUUCCAUCUUCCACGAGUGGGGCUCGCCGUCGCUCUUCUGCUUUGCAGUGUUCCGGGCCCACACGAAGGAGCAGGAUCUUGUCGAGGAGGCCUGCAGGCUGAGUGCGGGCAUCUUCGCCUGCGACACCACCGUGACCGUGAGCGGCGAGAAGGUCUUGGUGGGGAAGGACUACAAGAACAGGGACAUCUGGUCGUGGGUGAACGAGGUGGACGAUGUAACGAUGGGCGACAUUAAGAACCACCCCGGCGAGACGACCAACUCGUGGCUGAACACCCAGAUCUUCAUCAACUCCAUCAAGAUGCUCGUCAACAGUGGCAUUUUGUGGGACCACGAUUGGAUCAUCAAGGGCGACCCCGACGCCGUCAUCUUCCCCGAGCGCGUUCGGAAGCACAUCGUCGCUUCCGGCUCCACUGGGACUGUGGCGUUCUACAAGAAUUGUUUCCACGACGGCGAGUGGUGGCUCUACGGGUCGAUCGAGGUGUUCUCGAAGGAGGCGAUGGAGCUGUACAGGGAUGCCGGCGAAGAGAAGUGCGAGAUGGGAAUGUCGUGGCAGGGCUGGGGUGAGGACAUGUACAUGGCCGAGUGCAUGCAAAAGCUGGGUGCGACCGCUGUGCACUCUGGCAGUCUCGUUGCGGACGACUACUGCGCUCCGAGAGACUGCUCCGACCAGGAAGCUGCAGUUUUCCACCCCCACAAGUCAAAGGAGAAAUGGAGGAGCUGCUACAAAAAAUCUGGUGGCAAUGGUAAGUAAGGUCGACUCCCAACGAGGCAGCAAUUCCACACGCACUUCGUUCUGACAGCCGCGGCGGGGCAUGCCCUCACGCAUAGGUUUUUCCGCACGCCAGCUGGCAUGUCUCAGGCCACCCGCGCCCUGGACCAGUCCGACAGUCGCGGGCACCGCUCUCGGCAGCGCGCCCAAGCUCGGGUAUAACCAGGACCCUAGAUAAGGGGACCCGGGCAUCAGCAUCAUCAGCAUCCUGGUCAUCCGGCCCACUCGUCUGAUCCAACCUCCCUUCUUGUGGUGUGCAGAGCGCUUGCGUUGGCACGCCCUGGCAAAUCUGCCGGGGCAGGUGCUUGAAUGAGAUGCCUCAAGAAUGUUGGCUCUCGAAUAUUGAGAUUCUUCGUGGGCCUGUGGACUGGCAGCGUGCUCUUCGGACGUUGCAUUGCAGAUCGUGCACCAGUCUGUUCGCAACGGCUUCAGAGGAUGCUCGAGCUCCACGUCUUGCGGAUAUCUCAUUUUGUUGCUUGCGUGUUGUGCAAGGCGCAUCCACGGCCUUCGCUUUGAGUGGCAGACUUCGGCAGAGCUCAUCAAAAGCGAGUGGAGACA